CCAGGUGGUUUUCUUGUCCGACACAAACGCUGACUUCGCGGGCCCCCCCUAGAUGCCGCCAUGCCGGCAGCCAACGUUGCCAAGCCCGGAAAGGCGCAGAAGGUGGAGCACACCUUGGUCUCGCCCUUCGAUGAGGUGGAACUGAACAAUUCCGCAGCACCUUCGCCCUUUGACGUCUCAGAAAGCGCGAGGAAAAGCAGAUCGGAGCCGAAGGCUGUGCGAGAAAAUGCUCGCUACUUCGUCAUCACGAGCAACAGUGCUGAGAAUGUGGUUCGAUCAGUCCGUCACAACGUCUGGGCGACGCAGCGCAAGAACGAGUCGAAGCUCGAUGAGGCCUACAGGAGUGGGGCUCAAGUGAUUUUGCUCUUCUCCGUGCAACGAAGCGAAGCUUAUCAAGGAUACGCACAGAUGAGGAGUGCUGUGGGCCGAUCGAAGCUCAAAGGUGCUGAUCCCUUCAACGGCUUCGGGCGACUCUUCGACGUCGAGUGGCUUCGCCUCUAUGAUCUUCCUUUCCGUGAGGUGCAGCACCUUCGAAAUCCCCUGGCAGAGGAUGGUAAAGUGACCAUGUCGCGGGAUGGACAGGAGCUCGCCAACAGUGUCGGCCACAGGCUGUGCUCCAUGAUCGACAAGCACAUUGACCAACCUGAUAGUUUCCCACUUCAAGAGGUGUCUUCCUUCCAAGCUAGUGCUGAUGGCGGUUCAAUCAAGAGGAGGUGGGUCCGCUACGCGACCCCAGCGAUGGCGAGGGGAAAUUUCAGCACGCUCCUCACCCGCUGGAAGAUGGUUUUGAGAAGCAGGUGGACUUCUUUUUGAGCAUGCAGUACGAGGACUACGUGGAAUGGUGGAAACAUUAUGGUGCCUCGAGUCCAGGACCUACUCCACCCCCCUGAGACUGUGGCUAGAACAGCUGGACUUGGUGCAAAGGCAUCGCGAAGACAUCAGAGAGAAAUUCAAAAGGAAGGACCAUUUUCAGCAUGACCUGAUUGAUGAUUUCACAGCAAAGCUGCCCAUGAAGUUCAACUUGUGUCGAUGCUGCGGCAAGCAACGGGCAGUUUCCUUCUCUUAGAUGCUGACUAGCACUUCCUGUGGCUGAAAGUUUAAGACCGCCAAGGGUCUCAAGUCAAGUUCCUCAGCCGGCUAUCACGAUCAAUCCUCCGC